CCUAAAAAUGUUCUAGUGAGUAACAGUUUAGAAGCCAUUUACCGUUGUAUUACUCCUAGUCGUCGAGAAAUUUUUACUUGUUUAGUAGAAAAAAAGCCGGCUAAUUUAACUGAGUUAGCCCCGGGCAAAGAAAUCAGACCAAUUGCUUUAUAUGAAAGGGUGGUUUUCGAUUUGAAAGUUAAUAAAGAAUUACCUCCUCAUGGGUUAAUACUUCAAGCAAAUUUGUGA